AUUCAACUAAAGAUCUAGUAUAAAGGACCUGGGAAAUGGGGACUCCUCAAUUAUCACCACAGUGUAUUCUACACAGAAUAUCUACAAAAAAUGUCUGCAAUCCCCCCCGACUCCUGCAUCCUCGUCACCGGCGUCAACGGCUACGUCGCCUCUCACACAGCCGAUCAGCUCCUGCACCACGGCUACAGAGUACGCGGAACCGUCCGCAGCCCGUCCAAAAGCCAAUGGAUCAAGGACCUCUUCGACCGGAAAUACGGACCCGGGCGGUUCGAGCUGGCCACAGUCGAGGACAUGACACGUCCCGAUGCCUUCGACCGCGCAAUCAAAGGCGUCUCGGGCAUCGCCCACGUCGCAACUAUCUUCGGCCACACGGCAGACUUGAUCGCCAGCGUUGUCGCUACAAAUGAGAACCUGCUCGCCAGCGCCGCUGCGGAACCCACGGUCCGCCGAUUCGUGUAUACCUCGUCGUCUGAGGCGGCGACGUUCUCGUCGUUCCUGGAUCAUCAGGAUGGGAGAGACGCGCAUAUAACAGCGAACACAUGGAAUGAGGAGGCCGUGCGGCGGUAUCAACACGAUGGCGCGGAGGGCCCUAAAGCCGGGUUUGACAUGUACGCGGCGAGCAAGACGCUAGGCGAGCAGGCGGUUUGGAAGUGGGUGGAGGAGAACCGGCCAGGGUUUGUAGUGAAUACAGUUCUUCCCUCCGUCGUCUUCGGGGCUUCCAUUGCCCCUGAGGCGCAAGGCCAUGCGUCGUCCUCGGCGUGGCCGGCGGCGCUCUUCAGAAAUGAGUUCGAUCGCGUAUGGCCGUUUCUGCAACAUGUUAUUCCUCAUGGAGCCUACUGCGUGGAUGCGAAGGAUGUGGCGCUUCUGCAUCUGGCGGGGCUUGUUCACGCGGACGUGAAAAGUGAGCGUCUAUUCGCGUUUGGAGUCCCGUUUACCUGGAACGAGAUUAUCUCUGUGUUUCAGGCUUGGUUUCCUGAUCGUCAGUUUGCGUCUGAAGUGCCCGGUCAGACGGGAGCGGAGCGGUUUGAGAUUGAGCCGGCUGCUCGCGCGCAGGAAGUGCUGAGGGAGAUGGGAAAAUCGGAUUUCUCGAGUCUGGAGGAGAUGUUGAAGGCGAAUGUGUCGGACUUGGUGGAGGGUUUAUAG